AUGGCAUCUCCGCUGUUUUCUCCGAGGAGCACAUUAGAUGGCCAGGGUCGAUCUAGUGGUGCAGAUGAAGACUCACGAGAUGCUGAAUACAGGUUUUCCAUUGAAGAGUUCUCAACCCCCUCAACGGGCUGGCAGCUCGACGACUUCGUGCUCGACCCAGGCUAUGUUGCGUCUCGAGAAGAAUUGCGCUGGUUGAUGCUAAACACUGCACAAACUGCACCACCAUCUCCAGCUCACGGCGACAGCUUCAUAUCUGGGUUGGACACUCAUAGUGGCGAAGAUCGGUCGUCGGCACAGCACACAACCUCACAUCUCCUAUCACAAGGCAGGCGAAUCGAAUACCUCAAGAACUACAUUAGUCAAGUUGCGCCAUGGCUCGAUAUGUUUGAUAGCUCUCGUGCAUUCGGGAUGCAAGUACCUCUUCUCGCGCAGACUUCUCCCGCUCUGUUAUGUGCAAUUUUGGCUAUAUCAGCGCGACAGAAAGAACGCAAAGAGGCUUCAGAUGGAAAAUCGACUCCUCAGAAGAGCUUUGACAGCCUGGAGCUGUAUCAAGAGGCGAUCCGGCUUCUGACGCCACUUCUGCAGGCUCAUGACCAAGCAGUAAUUCCCAUCUGUGUAAUACUUUGCUGCCUUGAGAUGAUGUCUGCAAGUGCAAGAGAUUGGCGCCGCCAUCUAGAAGGAUGCGCUGCUCUUUUCGACGCAUUCGAAGUCCAUGGAUUCUGUGGCGGAUUGCUUCAAGCUGUCUUUUGGUGUCACGCGAGGAUGGAUUUAUGCGGUGCUUUAAUAUCGGACGGGACUCAAAGCACCAUAAUCCCCCCUAUUGCUUGGCUACCUCCAGGCACGGACGAGUCAAAUGCUCGUGAGACUUUUAAGAACAUACAAAGUCCCGAUAUGCACGCCAACUAUGCAGUCUAUCUCUGCGCCAAAGCUUGCGAACUUGUUUCAGACCGCACUCAUCAUGAUGAAUUAGGUGCCCCCAAUGGAUGCACCGCCGAAGUAUUUUCAUCACGCUGGACCAGACUAUGGGACGAUCUACAGGCCUGGUUAGAUGACCGUCCCAAUGAGCUGGUUCCGCUACAAACUAUAGAAUCGCAGCCCUUCCCGCAAAUUUUUUAUCUUCACUGGGCAGCUAUUUCAUCCAACCAGUUAUACCACACUGCUUGUAUUUUGAUGCUCGGAUCGAUGCCCAGGAGACACAGCCCUAUACCUGGUUUGACGGGAUCAUCUAUCUGGCACGCGAAGCGCAUUUGCGGAAUUUCUUUGACCAAUCCUCACCAUGGAUGUCUAAAUAAUGCGAUUCAGCCACUGUGGUUGGCAGGUAGACUGCUUAGCCAUGAAUCAGAGCAUACGAUACUCGUGGAUCUGAUUCGUGACAUUGAGUCCAAGACGGGAUGGGGAACCUGUUGGAGAAUUCCCGAUCUAGGAGCGGCAUGGGGGUAUUCUGUCCGGAAGUCUUCUCGUUCAAAAAAUGUUCUUCUGGAACAGCCGCGAAAUACCCAAACUGGAUGA